CUCAAUUGCUUCUCUUCUCUGUAUCCUUUCCUGUCCUUCCUUUUACCUUUUCAUCCUUUUCAUUCCUUUUUUUUUCUUUCUGCGUUCCGUUAUCCUUGCGCGUAGGAAACAAGCAUGGUUUUAGAAGCUCGCGUCAAAUCCGCCCUUUCAGGCGACACGGUGCUGCUGUCGAACAUCCACAAUCCCUCACAAGAACGCACUCUCAGCUUGGCUUAUGUGUCAGCGCCGAGACUACGGAAGGAGGGUGAUGAGCCAUUUGGAUUCCACUCGCGCGAAUUCCUCAGAGAGAUCCUCGUCGGCAAGGUUGUUCGUUUCGAAAUACUAUACACCGUCUCAACUGGCGCAAAGCGCGAAUACGGUACCAUCACUCUUCCUGGCUCCAACGCCUCCUUGCCCGCAAUAUGCGUCCAGGAAGGCUGGGUCCGUGUCCGCGACGAGGCAGGGAAGCGGGCCGAUGAGUCCAGCGACAUAAUAGCCUUCAUUGACGACCUCCGCGCGCUUGAAGAAAUAGCUAGAGGUGAAGAACGGGGUAUCUGGGGUGCUACGGAAGGUGGUCGCACCGAGACUGUUCAUCAGACGUCGGACCCGCAGGCCCUGGUGAAGGAGUGGAAGGGCAAGACCCUCUACGGUAUCGUUGAGAAAGUCUUGACUGGUGACAGACUGCUUCUUCGCUUGCUUCUCUCGCCGCAUGAGCAUCUCCAGACUGUCGUUGCGGUAGCGGGUGUCAGGGCCCCGGCGACCAAGCGCGUGAAUGCUGCUGAUGGCACAGAGCAACCUGCGGAGCCGUUUGGAGAGGAGGCCCAGCAGUACGUGGAAGAAAGAUUGCUUCAGCGGAAGGUGCAGGUGUCCCUGCUAGGUGUCACGCCUCAAGGCCAAUUUAUCGCCACGGUCCUCCAUCCGAUGGGCAACAUCGCCAAGUUCGUUCUGGAAGCCGGAUUGGCUCGCUGCAAUGACCUUCAUUCUACCUUGCUCGGCCCCAACAUGGCCACUUUCCGACAGGCAGAAAGAACCGCAAGGGAUGCUAGGAAGGGUGUGUUCGCGGGGCUUGGUGCUCCGAAAGGCCCUGCUGCUGGGGCAACCGAGACAGAUUACGUUGUGAGCCGUGUAGUGUCUGCAGACACCAUCCUCAUUAGAGAAAAGGGCGGUAAUGAGAAGAGGAUCAGCCUCAGUAGCAUCAGACAGCCCAAGCCGUCAGACCCCAGUCAGGCACCGUUCGGAGCUGACGCGAAGGAGUUCGUGCGCAAGAGGCUCAUUGGGAAGCACGUCAAGGUUACUAUCAACGGCAAGAAGCCGGCAACAGAGGGAUACGAGGAGAGGGAGGUCGCUACAGUUAUCCUUGGAAACACCAACAUCGCCCUGGCGCUCGUUGAAGCUGGCUAUGCAUCUGUGAUCCGUCAUCGUGCUGACGACGAGGAUCGGUCCCCCGACUACGACGCACUGCUGGCUGUAGAACUGACUGCCCAGAACGAAGGCAAAGGAAUGUGGUCAUCUAAACCACCCAAGGCGCAGCAGUACCGGGAUUACUCGGAGAGUCUGCGAACAGCCAAGAUGGAGAUUUCCGUUCUCCAACGCCGGAAGCGAGUUCCUGCCAUCGUCGAUUACGUUAAGUCUGGAUCUCGAUUCAGUUUACUUAUUCCCAGGGAAAAUGCCAAGUUGACUCUUGUUCUUUCUGGGAUUUAUACUCCCCGAUCCGCUCGUAACCCCGAAGAAAAAUCGGAGCCCUUUGGCCAAGAAGCUCACGAUUUUGCGAAUAGAAGGUGCAUGCAGCGUGACGUUGAGAUUGACGUUGAGACCCUAGACAAGGUUGGCGGCUUCAUCGGUACUCUCUAUGUGAACGGACAGAAUUUUGCAAAAGCUCUUCUAGAAGAAGGAUUGGCUUCUGUCCAUGAGUACUCCGCUGAGCAAUCCGGUCAUGCGUCGGAGUAUUUCGCUGCGGAAAAGAGAGCUCAGGCUGCACGCAAGGGUCUAUGGCGCCAUUACGAUCCUAACAAGGAGGAUGAAGCAGACGAAGAGGCGUCGGCGGAGACGGGCAACGGCCAGGCUCCUCAACGCCGCAAAGAUUACCGCGACGUCAUGCUCACCUUCGUCGACCCCACCAGUGCACGUCUCAAGGUGCAGCAAAUCGGCUCCGGUACGUCUGCUCUGACUGAGCUGAUGAGCGAAUUCCGGAAGUUCCACCUCAAUAAGGCCAAUGCUACUCCACUCCCCGGUGCUCCCAAGGCCGGUGAUCUCGUCGCGGCCCGAUUCACAGAAGACAAUGAAUGGUACCGAGCCAGGAUCCGACGCAACGACCGCGAGAAGAAGCAAGCAGAAGUGGUGUACAUUGACUUCGGCAAUGCUGAGACCCUACCUUGGUCUGACCUCCGUCCUCUUACGCAGCCGCAGUUCUCCACCCAGAAACUCCGGCCGCAGGCGGUGGACGCCGUGCUUUCGUUCUUGCAGUUCCCUGCUUCUGGCGACUAUCUAGCCGACGCCGUCCGGUUCAUUGAAGAGCAGACCUAUGACCGCCAACUCGUGGCGAACGUGGACUAUAUUUCUCCUGAAGGCACUCUGCACAUCACCCUGCUGGACCCGUCCGUGUCGAAGAACUUGGACCAAAGUAUUAACGCCGAUGUCGCCCGCGAGGGUCUCGCCAUGGUGCCCAGGAAGCUGAAGGCGUGGGAACGUUCCGCCAAGGAUACCCUAGCGCACUUGCGGACCCUCGAGGAAGAGGCUAAGCAGGAGAGAAAGGGCAUGUGGGAGUAUGGGGAUUUGACGGAGGACUAGACUGAUGGUGUACUACCUCCAUUUCAAAUGCUUCUUUCACUAGGGCCCUAUCCGGAGGGUUCUCUGUAUUUGUACAGGCACUGGAUAUUUGAGAUUUCCCACCAUGUUUCUUUUUCGUUUGUCUACUCAUUUAUUGUACUUGUUUCUUCUAUUAAUGGCCCUCGCCCUCAUCUUCACCGCUGUUCAUAAGGGUACUGCAAAAAACAAAAAAGGGAAACAAAAGUAAUUUAAAUCAAAGCGAGAAAUGG